AGCUCUAUGCCGUUGGCGAGGAAGGGUCAGCUGUCGCAGCGCUGAUUGGGUGUACUUGGCCCCGCCCUCUCCAGUCGGGCCGUUCCUAUUGGCCGCCGGGGGUCGCUCUCCUGUCCACGCACAGUGGUCUCUCGGCGGUAGCGGUUGGAGCGAGUGUGAGGCCUCCGUUUUCCCGGCAGCCGCUCCUCCACCCGCUCGGUAUCGUUCACUCCCGGCAGUGACGGAGCUAUCUCGCCUUCGUUCUCCUCCGGGAAUAUGCUGAAGCAGCAGCCAUCGCAGGCCAACCGCAAACCUGCCACCCCAGCAGCGGCUAUGGCUGUGUCCACGCCAGGAAGCGGCUCUCCCGGGAGCCCCAACGGCAACCUCCCUCCGGCCGGGAGCCGGAACCAGGAGAGGACGGGAGCGGGCAGGGGUCGAAGCAUAGUAAAGGGUCUGCAGCCUCCAGUCUUUGAAGGCAUUUAUAAUAAUUCUAGGAUGCUGCAUUUUUUAACUGCUGUAGUGGGCUCAACGUGUGACGUAAAGGUGAAGAACGGGACCAUGUACCAAGGCAUCUUCAAGACAUUGAGCUCUAAGUUCGAGCUGGCCGUCGAUGCCGUGCACAAGAAGACCAGCGAGCAGGCGGCGUGCCCGAAGCGCGAGGACAUCGUGGACACCAUGAUCUUCAAACACUCGGACGUGGCGCUCGUCCACUUCCACAACGUAGAUUUCGGCUACGCCACAAAAGAUAAGUUCACGGAUUCUGCCAUCGCCACGAAUUCCAAGGUGAACGGAGAGCACAAGGAGAAGGUGCUUAUGCGCUGGGACGGAGGUGAAACCAAUAGCGACGACUACGACCUGGAGUCUGACAUGUCCAAUGGCUGGGACCCCAACGACAUGUUCAAGUUCAAUGAAGAUAACUACGGAGUGAAGACCACCUAUGACAGCAGCCUGUCCUCCUACACGGUCCCGCUAGAGAAGGACAAUUCUGAGGAGUUCAGGCAGCGGGAGGCGCGCGCCGCCCAGCUCGCCCGGGAGAUCGAGUCCAGCCCUCAGUACAGAGCGCGGAUAGCCAUAGAGAACGACGAGUGCCGGACGGAGGAGGAUAAGCACAGCGCCGUCCAGAGGCCGAACACUGACCGGGACAGCCCCAGUCUGGGCUCCAGGGACGGAAAAUACAAUCCUCUACCGCAGCGGGUCCGGGAUGGAUCCCGCGGAGCCCUCAGAACAAACUCCUCCAGGGGAGGCCGGUCUGGGAUGGGGAUCACCUCGCGGACGGCCCCUCAGCAUUAUCCGGAGACUAGUUCGAGCCCCAUAUCUGAUCAGCGGGGCAUCAAUGGAGGACCUUCAAGGAUGUCCCCCAAAUCACAGCGCCAUAUCCGAUCUACCAAGCCCAUUUCCUCUACGUCCAGUCGUCCUAUAGAAGUUUCGACGUCCCCAUCAGCUGCCUCCCGUGUAUACACCCCCCUGUCGCCAAAGUCCGCCUCGUCCGCCAGUUCCCUGGAUUCGUCUUCCCAGUCUUCAACUCCAGAUCCCCGACCGUCUGCGGAGAGCAGCGUCUCCGCCAAACCGGCGUCUCCCAACAACGUUACCCCUAGCUUGGUGGGGGAAGGUAAAGACGCUCAAGCGCCUGUUAAAGAGCCGAGCCGGACGAUGGAGCAGAUCUCCCCGUGUGAGGUGGCCAAGCCGCCAUGUAAAGUGCUGCAAACGGAGCAGAAGAGGAACCAGCUGGACGAGCUGCGCAAAUUUGGAGCCGAAUUUCGGCUCCAGGCCAGUCCGUGUCCAGACGCCUCAGUAGAAUCUUUCCCAUCAAGACAAAGAGAACAAAUAGAAACUAAAAUGGCUCCACCUGAUCCUGUUCACCCUGAGGUCCCCGAAUCGCGGGAACUGGGGCAGAAAAUCCCUGAGCCGAUUGAAGAGACCAAGGAGGAGCGCGCAUGUGAGAGCAACGAGCGCCAAGAGGAAGCGGCCAGCCCUGCCAGCAAGACCGAGCCGGAGGAAAAGGAGGAGCCAGUGGUGUGCGACCAAGUUAAGAAAUCCACCCUGAAUCCUAAUGCUAAGGAGUUUAAUCCUGCCAAGUCCCUCCUGGCAGUGAACAAAGCGACUAGCACUCCUACAUCUCCUGGUCCAAGGAACCAUUCCUCCACAACCACCAUCCCGAUGCUGACAGCCGGACAGAGCGGCGUCUACAGCCCGUACAUCUCCUACAUCAAUCCUCUCCACAUGAGCCCGGCCGUGCAGGCCCCUCAGAUGUACCCGUACCCCAUGUCUAAUUCUGUGCCCGGCCAGCAGGGAAAAUACAGAACGAAAGGUCCCCCUCAGCGAUCUGACCAGGCCAACUCCGCACCCCCUAUCAUGCAGGCAGCAGCUGCCGCUGGUCCUCCGCUUGUGGCCGCCACACCUUAUCCUUCCUACAUCUCCUAUAGCCCCCAGCAGUUCCCCGGACAGCCGACCAUGAUGCAGACCAUGGCUCAUUACCCUUCACAGCCUGUAUUCGCCCAGAUGCUGCAGGGUAACCCUCGCAUGAUCGCAUCCGGAAACCAUCCCCAAGCCUUAGUGUCUUCCUCCAACCCUCAAUACCAACCCACAGAUCAGCCCACGCCCCAGACUCUAUAUGCAACCGUCCACCAGUCCUACUCCCAUCAUGCACCUCAGAUGCACCCACAGCCUGCCAGCACCCCCACCCAGAGCCAGCAGCAGUCUCAGCAUGCCAACCCCAGCCCUGUGCAGCACCAGGGUGGCCAACCUCAGCACCUAGGAAACGCUCAGCCCCAGCAGAAUUUGUACCACACCGCAGCCUUGACGGCGACACCGCCCUCCAUGACUCCCGGACCCACGGCACAGUCCCCACAGAGCAGCUACCCCCAGCAGGCAGUGUAUGCAAUCCAUGCCCACCAGCAGCUGCAGCACGGCUACACCAACAUGUCUCAUGUGGCCCAGGCACAUGUACAGAGUGGAAUGACUGGAGCACCUCCCCACCCCGGAGCUCCUCACCCGCAACAUCCCGCCUCCGUCAUGCUCCUGCACCCCUCACAGACUCACGGCGGCCCCCCACAAGGUUCACAGACCGGUGUAUCCACACCUUCUCCAUAUACCUAUAUACCACAUCCCCAAGUUCAGUCACAUCAGUCCCAGCAGCUUCCAUUUCAUCCUCCCGGUAACUGAAUUUCUUCCGGAACUGUGAUUCCAACCUCCACGCAGUCAUUACCCUAUAGCCCGCCCUGCCUCCGGCCGUCGCCCCCGUCCACGCUGUCCAGGAAACCGGCUGAGGCAGAACGGCGGGGAUCCAGGGCGCCCCCUCACACAGAGACUUCCUGAAGCGCUGGAUCUGAGGGCCCCUUGCAGAGUUGUGGGGUCUGCACCCAGGCCCUGAGAAGCGGUGGUGGGGGGGGGAGCGUGCCGCCACAUUGGAGUUUUUACCAGGUGUGGAUCGUGCAGCUGGAGGCAGCCUGUCCCCACAAGGCGAAGGUUUUUAGUUUUUGGUUUAAUAAUGCAGCGGAGGGGGGAGGGGUGGCCCUUCUCUCUCUCCCGUAGAGACUGGAAGAAGAAAAAAAAAUAACAUAAAAGGCAAGAUUUUAUUUUUUAUUUAUAACAAAAAAAAAUUUUGGGCAGUUCCAUGACGGUCCACAUUCAUCUCCCACAACUUAUCCUUCAUCUCCCCUGGUCCCGCCCCCUCCCUCCAUAACUUGAAUGGAGUGAUGGACUACUUUUACUUUUUAUUGAAUAAAAUAUUUAAAAAAAAAAAAUUAAAAAAAA